AGAAGGGAGUAGAAGAUGAAGAGAAAACCUCCUCAACAACUGAGGCUGAGAUGAAGUAGCCACCUGCAGCAGUCUCCUCCCACCGCUGAUCCAAGAUCUGUCAGACGAGCCAGAGCAGAGCGACAGGCUGCAACUCUCCACCACAGACAGGAAUACAGAGAGUGACCUGCAAUGGAGUCAAAUCUGACAGGCACCGCGGAGGGAAACUUUACCCAAUGUUCUACCGAACACAUUGACAAAUUCCGUAACGAGGUUUACUCCACGUCCUACUCCCUCAUCACCGUGUUGGGCCUGCUUGGGAACGGCUUCGCCCUGGCGGUGCUGAUCAAAACGUACCGCCAGAGCUCACCCUUUCACGUCUACAUGCUGAACCUGGCCGUGUCCGACCUGCUGGGUGUCAUGACGCUGCCGCUGAGAGUCCUCUACUACGUCAACAAGGGCCAGUGGAACCAGGGCGAUUUCCUCUGCCGCAUCAGCUCCUACGCGCUCUACGUAAACCUCUACUGCAGCAUCUACUUCAUGGCUGCCAUGUCCGUCACGCGCUUCAUCGCCAUCGUCUUUCCCGUGCAGAACCUGCGGCUGGCGACAGAGAAUCGCGCUCGCCUGGUGUGCGUGGGUAUCUGGGUGUUCAUCUGUAUUACCACCUCGCCCUUCCUGAUGUCUGGCCAGAAAAUUGACCCCAUCACAAAGAAAACCAAGUGCUUUGAGCCUCCAAGUGGUAACGGUAAAGGUUUGUCGAAACUAGUCGCGCUGAACUAUUUGUCUGUGGUGAUGGGCUUUGCUCUGCCCUUCCUGAUCAUCCUGGUCUGCUACGCUGGCAUAAUCCGCGCCCUGCUGUCGCGCACCAACUCCGCCCGGCGACAGCAGGGCGCGAGCACCAGAGCCAUCCGGAUGAUCGCCAUUGUCCUGCUGACCUUCCUGGUCUGCUUCGUGCCGUACCACGUGCAGCGCACCGUCCACCUGAGCUUCCUGUUGCGGAAGGACACCACGUGCGCAGAGCAGGUGGCCAUGCAGAAGUCUGUCGUGGUGACGCUCUGCCUGGCCGCUUCCAAUUCGUGCUUCGAUCCACUGCUUUAUUUUUUCUCCGGCGAGAGUUUCCGCACUCGCUUGUCCUCCCUGCGCAAGACAAACAAGGGCAGCUCCCUGAACCGUAUAGCCAGAAUAAAGGCCGUCACCAUCUCGGAGUCUGCGGAGAACUACCAGCUGGGCCAGGCCAGUUAGUUUGCACCAGACGAACAAGCCUCUCGGGAUUUGUUUGAAGGAACACUUCACCCACAGCAGUAACAUUUGUAUAUCAUCACCUGUUCUCUAAGAAAAGUCUUUCUGGCAUGCCCCCACAGUGAAAGGAGAAUACGACUCGAGAUAUAAUGCACGGCAUGCGUGAGGGUUUGGAGACAGAUGAUUGGAUGUAGUUUCGCUACAACGCCGCUACAAGUUCUUUGGAAAUUCAAGGUAACACAGGGCACAGGUGUAACUGAUAUACAAAUGUUAGUCUAGUGUGUGUGUCAUAUUUCUUUAAGGAGCUGAGGAUGGCAUGUGUUUACACAGGGAAGGAGUUGAGAGAAACAUGAGGAGAAGAAUUAACUAGUAAGCGCUCAAGAAGAGAGUAUUUAAACAUCUAAGUAUCAAGUCUCAGUCUCAUUUAUUAUUCUAAAGAAUGAAAAGUGUACAGUAUUGUAGUGAUGUUGUUCUGCAUUAUCAUUGUGACAGUAACUAUUAGCCUAUUGUGUCCCAAAAGUUAUUCAAACUGUGGAAUUACAAAUAUGAAUUAUUAAGUAUAAUAAUUAAGUAUAUAUGUAUGAAUGUAUUGUAGAUACUUUUGUAAUAUGUGUUGUAUCACACAAGAAGGGCUAAAGUAUGCUGUGUUGACUCCUGUAGACCUUAACUAUUCUUUUUCUUUUUUUUAUUACUGUCAUUGUUAUCUUUUGGCAUUUUUGCAUAAUUACUUUUCCUCAAUUUGGAUUCAAAAUUGUUGUUUUUGUGCUUCAGAUGUUUUUUUAUAUUUCUGUGUUUUCUGUAAAUAAUAUUGAUGAUGAUGAUGAUGAUAAUGAAUUAUGAUCUUCCAAACGGUGUACCUUUAAGGGAGUAGUUUAAUUAGUUGUUUUUUUGGGGCUGAGAAGUCCGACAGCACUCAUAAUUGUAUGGUAAAUAUGAAACUACAGCCGACUGAAGUUUACAUAACCGUAGCUUAGAUGAACAUAAACAGGUCGCCCGGAUCUGUUCAAAUAGAACAACUCCUCUCACCUCUAGGCACAUUGCAUACUGUUUGCUUAAUUAUGUAUGUUUUGAUGUGUGUGUCUCCAAUCUUUAUGCUAAGCUAAGAUAAACAGCUGCUGGCUGGAGUUUCAUAUUUCUCAGUGCAAAUGUGAGAAUGGCAUCAUAGCAAGAACACAAAUGAGAAAUUAUGCUGCUGUAAUCCUAU